UGCUCUGUGCUGAACGAUUACGUAGGAUCGCGCUUCAGCCGGCCUCACUGCCUGUACUGUCGUUUACAACCCGUUCAGAACCACACGAAUUAUACAGAGAAAACUAAAGCACCAAAAACAUCAAGUUAAUUUAAACAUGAUGCAGUCCACCCAUAAGAAAGACGCGGAGAACACCUGUGUGCUGUGUUGCCAGGACAUCGACAUAUUCGCGGUGGGGAAAUGCGAUCACCCGGUGUGUUACCGAUGCUCCACCAAGAUGCGGGUGCUGUGCGAGCAGAACUACUGCGCCGUCUGCCGGGAACAGCUCGACAAGGUGGUCUUUGUAAAGAAACCUGUACCAUUUGCCGCUCUAAACAUUCAUCAGUAUCAGAUUGAAAAGAAAUAUGAUGUAUAUUUUGAAGAUGGAAAGAUCUAUGCGCAAUUCAGGAAGAUUUUGUUAAAUGAAUGUCCUCAAUGCCCAGAAGGUAAAGUGUUUUCUAAAUUCGAAGAGUUAGAGCAUCACAUGCGGAAACAACACGAGCUCUUCUGCUGCAAGUUAUGUGCUAAGCACCUUAAGAUAUUCUCGUACGAGCGCAAAUGGUACAAUCGAAAAGAACUGGCACGUCAUCGGCUGCAAGGGGACCCGGAUGACACCUCGCAUCGUGGGCAUCCCCUUUGUAAAUUCUGCGACGACCGAUAUCUGGAUAACGAUGAGCUUCUGAAGCACCUCCGGCGAGAUCACUACUUUUGCCAUUUCUGUGAUGCGGAUGGCGCUCAGGAGUACUACAGUGACUACCAGUACCUCAGUGAGCACUUCAGAGAGAGCCAUUAUCUGUGUGAGGAGGGCCGCUGUAGCACGGAGCAGUUCACUCAUGCUUUCCGCACAGAGAUUGACUACAAGGCUCACAAAGCCGCAGCCCACAGCAAAAGCAGGGCUGAGGCACGGCAGAAUCGGCAGAUUGACAUACAGUUCACCUAUGCGCCAAGACAACAGCGAAGGAAUGACGGUAUGCAUGGUGGUGAAGACUAUGAGGAAGUGGAUCGCUUUAACAGGCAGGGGAGGCCAGGAAGAGGACGAGGCCCAGGCGGACUCCAGAAUGUACGAAGCUGGAGAUAUACUAGAGAUGAAGAGGACAGAGAAAUGGCCGCUGCUUUAAGAGCCUCAAUGGCCAGCCGAUUCCAAGAGGAGAGAGGCCAUGUGCAGGACCGUGGCCAUGUGCAGGACCGUGGCCAUGUGCAGGACCGUGGCCAUGUGCAGGACCGUGGCCAUGUGCAGGACCGUGGCCAUGUGCAGGACCGUGGCCAUGUGCAGGACCGGGGCCAUGUGCAGGACCGUGGCCAUGUGCAGGACCGUGGCCAUGUGCAGGACCGGGGCCAUGUGCAGGACCGGGGCCAUGUGCAGGACCGGGGCCAUGUGCAGGACCGGGGCCAUGUGCAGGACCGGGGCCAUGUGCAGGACAGAAAUGGCCACAAGCCAAGAAAAGAAGAAAAGGUGGAAUCAGAUGAGAUGAGAAAUAACAGGGGCAUGGUGAAGCCUCCAAAUGAAAUGCAAGCUCGAUCAAUGAAGAGUAAUCCACCCUUGCCUGGUGAGGACUUCCCAGUUUUAGGGGCACCUGCACCUCCUGUCCCCAUUCAAAGCGCCAUCAAACCAACUCCUGUCUCACUGAAGGAAGAUGACUUUCCAACCCUCUCUGGUGCCGUAGCUUCUGCUCCAAUGACGCCUGCAUACACAAACCAACCCAGGAAACAUUCAUCCUUUCAAGAGGAGGACUUUCCUGCAUUGGUCUCCAAGAUUAAAACCGUAAAGCCGCAGGCGAACAGCAAAUCAGCGUGGUCUCAGGCAGGAAGCAAACCUGUGGUGGUUCCCAAUAAACCUGUGGUUCUGCCGACCAAAACAACCCCUGGUGUCUCCUCGUCCAUACUGUCCGCCAGUGACCCACCCCCAAGUGCAACUGUCCCUCAGCCCCUCACCGCCUCAUCAUCUCGCCGAAAAAAGAAGCUCACCCCAGCAGAAUCCAACAAAGCUAAAGUAAGAUGUCCGUCUUCCUCCGACGAUGAAGAUCCCAAGAACAGUAAAACAACCCAGGAGAUUCGAGCAGUUCCUACCAUGCUUGACAUUUCCACUCUGCUAACAGUGAAAGGUGGCUCAUCUCAGUCAAAUCCCAAAACCAAUAAUAAGAAGAAGAAGCAGGCAACGACAUCAUCACCUGGGACUCCUUUGCAUACUGCUGAGUCGGUGUGUAAGAUAGCUCAUAAAGAAAACGUCCCUGAAACGAAGCCACCAGAUACCAGUUUCACCAAAGUUCCAACAGCCUCCAAAACAAACUCAUUUAUGAAUGGGCAUAUGGAGAAGCCAACCGAAGCACUAUCUUGUACCUCAAUUUCUGCAAAUAUUCCUUCUCCUGUAAAGCAGCCAGCAACUGACCAAGAACCUUUACCCAAGGAAGAAGAUUUUCCAGCUCUUAUCUCAAAUAAACCUCCACCUGGCUUUAAAAGCGCAUUUCCCUUGAAGAGCACUCAGAGUGCGCUGCCUCCUCCUCCUGGACUCGUACCUGUGGUCAGCAAACCUCCACCAGGAUUUACUGGCAUCCCGCUCAACAGUAAUGUGGUCGAACCAACAAUGCCUGCUGUUAACAGGCCGACACCUGCUAUUGGAUCCUACCUCGUACCUGAAAAUUUCCAGCAGAGGAACAUGGACCUCAUUCAGUCUAUUAAGAAUUUCCUUCAGAAUGAUGAGACCAAGUUCAAUGAGUUUAAAAACUAUUCGGGCCAGUUUAGACAGGGUGUAAUACCUGCUGUCCAGUACUACAAAAGCUGCCAGGAAUUGCUGGGCGAGAAUUUCAACAGGGUCUUCAAUGAGCUGCUGGUUCUCCUCCCAGACACUCGUAAGCAACAGGAGCUCCUCACUGCCCAUGCAGACUUUAAAGCCCUUGAGAAACAACAGCAAGUCUCAAAGCCCAAGAAAAACAAAAAGAAAGCCUGGCAGACAGGCAACACCAGCAACAGCCAAGAUCUGGACUGCCAAGUAUGUCCCACCUGCAAACAGGUUGUGGCAUUGAAGGACUUCAACGCCCAUAAGACCCUGCACAUCAGCGACGAUGACUUUCCCUCUCUACAGGCCAUAAGCAAGAUUAUCAGUUAGCCAUCAGUACGUGAACGUCUACAGCUCAGUCACACAAGAUCUGGUGCUUCACCAGGGAAAAAGAUGCUUAACAAGUCAAAGGAGCAGCACUGAUGUUUACUUGGAUUGUUCGGUUAGGUUGAAAGUUUUGAUGCGCACCUUUUUUGAAGCAAAAAGAUCAUGAAGAUCUUGUACUGUUAGAGGUGCGAGUGAGACUGAGUUUAAUCUACUUGAAUGAUUGAGUUAUAACGUUAAUACCUGUGCCACUCCAGUCCUUCCUCAACUUGUUUUUCAUCAGGUUUUUCUAAUGCUGUUAGCAUGCUCAUUUGAUUUUUUACAUUUUGUCAGGUUGGCUGCCUUUGAAAAAAUAACUUAUUUCGAAACAUACCUGCCGGUGGGUUGAAACUUGUUCGUUUCUCAUUUCUGCUUACAUCUACAGUACAUAAAAAUAAACGGUUAAUAUAUA